AUGGCUCCUACUACCCCUCGAGCCGCUGUCGGCAUCGUCUCCAUUGGUGACAUGGGACUGGGCAUCGCCAAGCUUCUGCAAGCUCACGGCUACGAAGUCCUUACUACAACCGUCGGUCGAAGCCCCUCAACCCAUGCCCGCGCCACUUCUGCAGGCAUAACCGUCCUUCCAUCAGACGUUGCCCUCGUGGAGAAAGCCGACUACAUUCUCUCCAUUGUCCCGCCCCGCGAUGCCGUUCAGACCGCCAAUCGCAUAAUCGACGCCUGGAGCGCCGCGUCAAGCAGGGCUGCAUCCACCCCUCUCUACUUCCUCGACCUCAACGCCAUUGCGCCAUCCACAGCCCGCAGCAUCGACGCAGCUCUCAAGUCCCGCGCGCCAAGCAUACGCUUCGUCGACGGCGGCAUCAUCGGAUCUCCGCCCAAGCUCCUCGAUGACAGCCAAUCUCAGCCCCCUCCAGACAACGUCGAUGCAGAGCUAGACGCGAGCCUAAGCAACUGGAAGCGCCCCUCAAUCCCCGUUUCCGGUCCCCACCCCCUCAGCGAUGCCACUCAAUCUGGUCCGCACCUAGCCGCCGUGCUGAACAUCAAGCACCUGAGCGCAGAGAUAGGCCCAGCCAGCGGCCUGAAAGCUUCCUUCGCCGCCCUAACCAAAGGCUUCUACGCCCUCGCCCUGCAAUCCUACACGACAGCCGCGCAGCUCGGCGUGCUGCCGGAGCUGCAAUCCCAGCUCUCGGCCGCCUUCCCGGCCACGCGCGCCGCCGCCGACCGCGGCGUCGUCGGCAUGCAGCACAAGGCCUACCGGUGGGAGGGCGAGAUGCGCGAGAUCGGCGAGACGUUCGCCACCGAGGGCGGCUGGACCGGCGACGGCGCCAUCUUCGACGGCAUUGCUGAGGUGUACAGGACCGUGGCCGAGGAGACGGCGCUGGGGACGCCGGGAGGGAGGAAGGAAGGGGUUGAGGAUGUUGUCGACGAGUUGGUGAGGGGGUUGAGGAAGGGAGGGGGGGCGUAA